CCGAGGCGCACCGUGGACACCCCUGGUUGGUCGCCCUCGCGUUCCCUCCUCUCCACAGCUGCAGCACCUUAUCGUCAUCCUCGGCUGCUUCAUCCUCAUCAGCAGCGCCAGCGCCUCCUUCCUUCCUACCUUCCCCACCGCCGUGGACAUGGCUGCUCAAGAGGAGAAGACUGCUGCUGUCAAGACAGAGGAGCCUUCCCCGCCGGCGGAGCAGCAGCCACAGCCUCAACCAGCAGCAGGGGCGACGCGCAGGGCUGGGCCAUCAUCGGCGCCGGCCAACCCCUUCGACUUCUCCACCAUGAUGAACCUGCUCAACGACCCCAGCAUCAAGGAGAUGGCGGAGCAGAUCGCCAAGGACCCGGCGUUCACGGAGAUGGCGGAGCAGCUGCAGAAGACGGUGGUGUCGCCGCGGCAGGCGGCGCCGGCGGCCGAGGCGGUGGCGCUGGACCCGCACAAGUACGUGGCGACGAUGCAGCAGCUGAUGCAGAACCCGCAGUUCGUGGCCAUGGCGGAGCGCCUGGGCAGCGCGCUCAUGCAGGACCCCGCCAUGGCCACCAUGCUAGGCGGCCUCACCAACCCCGCGCACAAGGAGCAGCUCGAGGCCCGCAUCGCGCGCAUGAAGGAGGACCCCACGCUCAAGCCCAUCCUCGACGAGAUCGAGACCGGCGGCCCCGCCGCCAUGAUGAAGUACUGGAACGACCCUGAGGCUCUGCACAAGUUCGGGCGGGCGAUGGGCGUCGGCCCGUCGAGCGAGGCCGCCGGCGCGGAGCAGGCCGAGGCGGAGGAAGAGGCCGGCGAGGAAGGCGAGUACGAGGAGGAGUCCAUCAUCCACCACACCGCGAGCGUCGGCGACGUCGAGGGCCUGAAGAAGGCGCUGGAGGAGGGCGUGGACAAGGACGAGGAGGACUCGGAAGGCCGGCGAGGCCUGCACUUCGCGUGCGGGUACGGCGAGCUCAAGUGCGCGCAGGUGCUCCUGGAGGCCGGCGCGGCGGUGGACGCCGUGGACAAGAACAAGAACACCGCGCUGCACUACGCUGCCGGCUACGGCCGCAAGGAAUGCGUCGCGCUCCUGGUCGAGAACGGCGCCGGCGUGACGCUGCAGAACCUGGACGGGAAGACGCCCAUCGACGUCGCCAGGCUCAACAACCAGGAGGACGUCCUCAAGCUGCUCGAGAAGCACGCCUUCGUAUAGUCGGCGCCGCCGCCGCCGCCAUCUUCACCGCCUCCAAGCUUGCUUCAUGCCUGCACCCUGCUGCUUUGCUUUCUCGACCGAAACAAGUUUCUUUUCUUCAGUUCAAUUCGGUGUAUGUAUUAAGCAGAGUAUCCACGCCGGAUUUUGCUUGCGUAAUUAAUUGGGUUCGUCGGAUUCCGGUUCUA